UUAUAGACGCUCUACGUCGACAAGCCCUGCGUCUACGCUUGAUUCAAUCCCACAGUCGUCGAUUCCACGAAUCAUACGGAAGAAUCCUUUUUCUCCCCAGUCAUCAUGCCAAGAGUUGGCAAUGAUCCAAUAAUCCGUACCAUUUUCUGUUCCCCAUCCGAUUAUCUUUACUGCAUGACGGCCUUUGGCCUUGCCAGCGGUAUGCUUAUAGAUUCCUGAUUUGUAGCGUGAGAAAUCGCUGUAAGUAGUGAACGUGGCGACAACUGAUCCUCUCUCCAUGAUAUCUCUCUGAAUAGCCGGUACCCAUCUCGGUAAUUUGUAAGCAGAAAGAGGCUUUCCAAACCGUUUGUCCAUUCGGUAUUGCCUCCUGUAACCAGGCUGGCAUUUUCUCUGGCACAUUGGAGUUGGUGCCCUAGCCACCUCGCAGUCUCCAUAAAAAGUUUCAUUCCCAUGUUGUCCACAAGGAUGAAGAGCAUAAGGGUAGCAUCCCUUACUGGCGUAGUUUCCUCCGGUGACCACACCUUCGUUUAUGAAGAAUUCAAAAGCUCUGAUAGGCCAUCCUCCACGGCAUCCAUUGCCACAUUUAGUACAGCAGGACAUAAUGUCAGAAGCAGAUAUUUCUAUCUGAAAUUCGGUCUAUCAUCCUCAAGCAGUGUAACAACACCAGAAAUCGUGCUCAACCUGCUUUUUUCCUUUGGUAGCAAUGCAAAUGCGAUCCGUAAUUGCAGCUGCCGUCGAUACAGCCCAGCAUGA